GAUCAGGCCCAGUUAUAGUUACUUUCGGUUCUAAGAAAACCCUGGGAGGAUUUGUCUGCUUCCUCUCGUCCGUCGUCGUCACUUUCGACAUCUGAUACCGGUGUUCUGUCUCCCUCUCAGUCGCGUUUAAACUGUUGCCUUGACGCUGUAUCCGUGAGCUCGCCCUGCAAAAAUGUCGACUAUUAUGCAGAAGAUCAAAGAAAUCGAAGAUGAGAUGGGGAGGACACAGAAGAAUAAAGCCACCGCUCAUCAUCUCGGUUUGUUAAAGGCCAAACUUGCUAAGCUACGAAGGGACCUACUUGCACCACCUACCAAAGGUGGUGGCGCUGCUGCUGGCGAAGGUUUUGAUGUCACUAAAAGCGGAGAUUCUAGAGUUGGACUUGUUGGUUUUCCUUCCGUUGGCAAAUCUACCCUCUUGAACAAGCUCACCGGAACUUUUUCCGAGGUUGCUUCUUAUGAGUUCACAACAUUAACAUGCAUUCCCGGUGUUAUUACAUACCGUGGAGCUAAAAUUCAGUUAUUAGAUCUUCCUGGUAUUAUCGAGGGUGCCAAGGACGGAAAAGGUAGAGGACGACAGGUUAUAAGUACUGCUAGGACUUGCAACUGCAUCUUAAUAGUUCUUGAUGCCAUAAAGCCAAUUACUCACAAGCGUCUCAUUGAAAAAGAGCUCGAAGGUUUCGGAAUAAGGUUGAACAAGGAGCCACCUAACCUUACAUUCAGGAAAAAAGACAAAGGUGGUAUCAAUCUAACGUCUACAGUCACUGCCACCCACCUUGACCUCGACACUGUAAAGGCGAUCUGCAGUGAGUACAGGAUGCACAACGCUGACAUCACUCUCCGCUACGAUGCUACCGCUGAUGACCUCAUCGAUGUCAUCGAGGGCAGUCGGAUCUAUAUGCCCUGUAUCUAUACUAUCAACAAGAUCGAUCAAAUCACCCUCGAGGAACUUGAAAUUUUGGACAAACUUCCUCAUUACUGUCCUAUCAGUGCGCAUCUGGAGUGGAAUCUUGAUGGUCUUCUCGAUAAGAUAUGGGAAUACUUGAAUCUAACCCGAAUCUACACCAAACCAAAGGCAAUGAAUCCGGAUUAUGAUGACCCUGUUAUCUUGUCUUCCAAGAAGAGGACUGUUGAGGACUUCUGCAUCCGGAUUCACAAAGACAUGCUUAAACAAUUCAAGUACGCUUUGGUAUGGGGUUCGAGUGCCAAACACAAGCCACAGAGAGUUGGAAGGGAACACGAGCUCGAGGACGAGGAUGUUGUUCAGAUCGUUAAAAAGAUUUGAUUUCACCAGCCGUUCAUGGAGACGUUGAAAGACCAGAGUUAGCCAUAAUGAGCUCACUACACAUAGAAAGAAGGUUUCGUUUCUCUUCUUGUACUCCUGUGUAUUAUUGUCUGAUCCAGACAAAAAGGUGUCAAAAACUGUCUGCACCUUUUUGUAUUGGAUAAUCUUUUUCCAACGAUAACAUGUGAUGUGAGGUCUUGAGACAUUUAGAAAAUUGGUUUGGUUUUGCUA